AUGUUUAACCUGUCUAUAUUUGAUCGGCGACAGCAUAGACAUCGUGCUUCCCGCAAUCCAAGUCGCCAUUCAUCUAGGAAUUCAACUGAGUUUUCACCUCGACAGAAUGUGGCCAGAGAGUCCUCGAGUGAAUAUGAGACUGCACAAUCUGGGCCACAAUCAAUACAAUACGAUACGAUACCUUGCGAUCCCAACAAUCAACGGAAUAUGGAACUGCGCGGUCAGGGCAACAAUCAACACAAUAUGGCACCGCACGAUCCGGGCGGCAGUCAACAGAAUACGGUACCGCACGACUUCGGUUAUCACACUCUCCUGGGCUUUCACGUGAUCGCCCAUCUUCUCGCGAUCAUCAAUCCUCCCGGCACCGCUCAUCUUCCCGUGACCGUCCCUCUCGGUCAACGAGAAACCCGGUUACAUCUUCUUAUCAACCUUCGGCUUCAAUAUAUCAACCUUCGACUUCAAUAUAUCCACCUUCAACUACGUACAGCCCUGACCGCUCAUCAUCGCGAUAUUAUCCGCCUUCAUCGAUGCGAUAUCCGGCGGAAUCUUCACGUGGCACCAGGCCUUCAUCUUCACGAGAUCCUGGACCUUCACGCGGUGAAUCCUCACGCGGCGAACCUUCGCGUGGGACUCAUCGCUCAGAUUCAUGCGAUCGACCUUCACCAUCGUAUGAUCCUCCGCCUUCUUACAGAACCUCACCUUCGCGAGAUGGUCCGCCGCCUCCGCCUCCGCCUCCAUCUCCACCUCCAGGUGGGCCCUCACCUCCAGAAUCCGAUUCUUCAGAUUCUUCAGAUUCUUCAGAUUCUUCAGAUUCUUCAGAUUCUUCAGAUUCUUCAGAUUCUUCGGAAUCUGAACACGAACCCGCACAGGGACCUAGACCCCCGACGGCCCUCAACCUUCUGGAAAGAGCACGAGGUGAAGCCCGCGAAAUCCUCCGACAAAUGUCAAGAACAGAGGCCCGCAACAUCCGGAGCUUCUUCCAGCGAGACGAAAGGCAUUUUCAAUAUCUGGGUAUGGCCGGUCAUGGUGCGAAUAGCGUUGCGGUUAAGGUCAAAUUGAGAAGCCGUUGGUAUAGCCGUCACUCUUCGCAGAUGUUUGUCGUGAAACGGGCGAUUGUAGCGGGAAUCCAAAAAAAAUUAAGGAACGAUAACCGGAUAUUAAGAGUAAGCACCCCGAAAACCUAAAGAAGCUAUGGGAUUUCCAAAUGUCAUACAGCUACACCUAUUGUAACGAGUUACAAUCAGACCUAACUUACUCUUUCAAAGAUGCUGCGUGGAGCCAAACACAUCAUCCAACUAUAUCGAACUUCCGGUAUACGUAACCCUAUAGAUAGGGCGCGAGGUAGA